AUGCUCUAUUCUCUUGCUCGGUUCCCCUCCUCUGUUCCGCUGCUCUGUUUCCCUGCUCGGCUCUCUUGCUCUCUCCCCCUGCUCUGUUUCCCUGCUCGGUUCUCCUUCUCUCUCCCCGUGCUCUGUUCCUCUAGUCAUUUCCCCUUCUUUGUUAUCUGCUCUGUUUCCCAGCUGUGUUCCCUACUUUUGCCCGAGCUCGGUUCUCAUGCUCUCUCCCCUGCCCUGUUUCCCUGCUCGGUUCUCAUGCUCUCUCCCGUGCCCUGUUUCCCUGCUCGGUUCUCAUGCUCUUUCCUGCUCUGUUUCGCUGCUUGGCCCCGCUUCCCCCUCUCCUGCAUGCUUUCCACUCACUCCAGCCCCCCUUCCCCCUCUCCUGCAUGCUUUCCACUCACUCCAGCCCCGCUUCCCCCUCUCCUGCAUGCUUUCCACUCACUCCAGCUCCGUUUCCCCCUCUCCUGCAUGCUUUCCACCCACUCCAGCCCCCCUUCCCCCUCUCCUGCAUGCUUUCCACUCACUCCAGCCCCCCUUCCCCCUCUCCUGCAUGCUUUCCACUCACUCCAGCCCCCCUUCCCCCUCUCCUGCAUGCUUUCCACUCACUCCAGCCCCGCUUCCCACUCUCCUGCAUGCUUUCCACUCACUCCAGCCCCCCUUCCCACUCUCCUGCAUGCUUUCCACCCACUCCAGACCCCCCUUCCCCCUCUCCUGCAUGCUUUCCACCCACUCCAGCCCCCCUUCCCCCUCUCCUGCAUGCUUUCCACUCACUCCAGCCCCCCUUCCCCCUCUCCUGCAUGCUUUCCACCCACUCCAGCCCCCCUUCCCCCUCUCCAAAAUGCUUUCCACUCACUCCAGCCGCGCUUCCCCCUCUCCUGCAUGCUUUCCACCCACUCCAGCCCCCCUUCCCCCUCUCCUGCAUGCUUUCCACCCACUAUAGCCCCCCUUCCCCCUCUCCUGCAUGCUUUCCACCCACUCCAGCCCUCCUUCCCCCUCUCCUGCAUGCUUUCCACUCACUCCAGCCCCCCUUCCCCCUCUCCUGCAUGCUUUCCACCCACUCCAGCCCCCCUUCCCCCUCUCCUGCAUGCUUUCCACCCACUCCAGCCCCCCUUCCCCCUCUCCAAAAUGCUUUCCACCCACUCCAGCCCCCCUUCCCCCUCUCCAAAAUGCUUUUCCACUCACUCCAGCCCCCCUUCCCACUCUCCUGCAUGCUUUCCACCCACUCCAGACCCCCCUUCCCCCUCUCCUGCAUGCUUUCCACCCACUCCAGCCCCCCUUCCCCCUCUCCAAAAUGCUUUCCACCCACUCCAGCCCCCCUUCCUCCUCUCCAAAAUGCUUUUCCACCCACUCCAGCCCUUGGCCAAUUUCCCCCUUUCGCUAUGCUCUCCACCGCCUCUUUCGCUGGUUUCACAUUUUCUUGUGCGCGUGCUGGUGCAGCUGCAGGAGGGGUGGGGGGGCGCGUGGGCGGGCAAUAGAAACGCCACCACGGCGUGCUCUGCGUGGGCUGGCGUCACCUGCAGCCCCGACGGGCUCGUCCUUGCCCUGAGAACUACCGUUGGUUGGACAGCUGAGAGGCUGAAUGAUGUGAUGUUCCUUUUCUUCAAUGUGCACGUGGAUGUGUAUGCAUGGCUGCACAUGGAUGUGUAUGCAUGGCUGCACAUGGAUGUGUGUGCAUGGCUGCACGUGGAUGUGUAUGCAUGGCUGCACAUGGAUGUGUAUGCAUGGCUGCACGUGGAUGUGUAUGCAUGGCUGCACAUGGAUGUGUAUGCAUGGCUGCACAUGGAUGUGUAUGCAUGGCUGCACAUGGAUGUGUAUGCAUUGCUGCACAUGGAUGUGUAUGCAUGGCUGCACAUGGAUGUGUAUGCAUGGCUGCACGUAGAUGUGUAUGCAUGGCUGCACGUGGAUGUGUAUGCAUGGCUGCACGUGGAUGUGUAUGCAUGGCUGCACGCGGAUGUGUAUGCAUGGCUGCACGCGGAUGUGUAUGCAUGGCUGCACGCGGAUGUGUAUGCAUGGCUGCACGCGGAUGUGUAUGCAUGGCUGCACGCGGAUGUGUAUGCAUGGCUGCACGCGUAUGUGUAUGCAUGGCUGCAUGCGGAUAUGUAUGCAUUGCUGCACGUGGAUGUCGAUCUGACGUACGGCAUCAACCUGGAGGGCCCCAUGCCAUCCCUUGCAUCUCUCACCCGCCUUACCCACCUGUACGUCUCACACCCUCCUCUCCUCUCCCAUCACCACGCCCUGGGAGCAGACGGCUGCUUGCUCACCGGCACUGUGGACCAACUCUCGUGGCUCUCCUCCCUCUCCGCCCUGCACUUAUUGUAA